GCAGAGAGCUCUGCAGACUCAUUUGUGUGUGUGAUCCAUAACUACAACGGCUCUGCGUUUCUGCAGUUUUCAGCGAAUACUGGUUUCAGUUGGUCAUGUCGUACCAGUAUUCCAAUGCGACCAAGGUCACAGAGUUUAUACUCACUGGGUUUCCAGGACUUCAACCCAGUCAUUUUGGACUCAUAUCUGUGGUUUUACUGUUUGUUUAUCUGGCCAUUGUAGGAGGCAAUAGCUUUAUUUUUACUGUUAUUGUCAUAGAGAGAAGUCUCCAAAAACCCACUUAUCUCCUGUAUUGUAACCUGGCAGUGUCAGACCUAAUCUUUGCCACCACCACCCUGCCCAAAGUUAUUUCCCGGUACCUGGCAGAGGACAAGAUCAUCUCUUUCCCUGCCUGUUUCUUACAGAUGUUCAUUAUACACUUAUUAGGACACUGCAAUUCACUGCUGAUGAUGAUAAUGGCUCUUGAUCGUUAUGUUGCCAUAUGCAGCCCCCUCAGAUACCAAACGCUUAUUACAAAUUCCACCAUUUUGUCCCUGUGCAGCAUAUCCUGGCUUUUUUCAUUUUUGUGGAUGGUCAUCAUACUUAUUCGCUCAGUCACUUUGCCAUACUGCAACUCUAACAUCAUUGUACAGUGCUACUGUGACCAUUUUCAUAUAACCAACCUAGCAUGUGAGAAUGUAUAUAAUGUUCAAAUGACAGCUUUCGUUGAAGCCAUGAUUAUAUUGUUAGGUCCACUUGCAUUUAUAAUAUUUUCUUACAUCUCAAUCAUUAUCUCAGUUUUAAAAAUUGCAGACUCAGAGGGACGGCACAAAACCUUCUCCACCUGCAGUCCACAGCUAUUCAUCAUAGGCCUCUAUUACCUCCCCCGGUGUUUUGUUUAUAUCGCAAACACCAUAAACCUGAAGAUCAGCACAGAUGUGCGCAUCCUGAUGAUCAUGCUGUACAGCCUCUUUCCCCCCAUUGUGAACCCUCUGAUAUACUGCUUGAAGACAAAAGAAAUCAAGGAUACUUUGGUCAGAAGGUUAAAAAUCAGAAAGGUUGGGACUGUAGCUGGCCAUACCUAAGAUAAGGUAAUUAGCUAUAUUGUAAGUUUAUACAGUAAGUAAAUGCAACAUAAUAUAAAAAUAAAGUGCAAUGUUUUUUUCUUCAGGUGUUUGUUAAUUAUUAAGUUCACUAAUCCAGUACCUUUCAUGGAAAGAUGCAUAAAUUUUGAUUAUUUUCAGCUGCAGUGUAGUGUUUGGUAGUGGUUCGUUUUGUCUUUUAUUUGAAUUUUUACCUGUAUCAUGUUCUAUCAAACCUGAGAAUUUUUUUCUUGUUCAGUGCAAAACAGAAGAGCAAAGAAAAUUCAACUUGAGUUUC